GCUUCUUCCCUUUCACUGUCUUUCUUUAAAUGCCUACACUGUCCUUGCCUCAGCCCCAUAAAGCCUUGGCAAGUGAGUCAUUGCCUUCUAGCCAUGGGAACGAUAUGUGCGGACUCCAGUCUCUCAGUUUCAGCAGGGCCAGUGCUGGCUACUCCUUGUUGCGUGCAUGUUCAGCUCACCAUUUGCUCCUUUUUGAGCCUUCUCUUAUAGAUUUGAAUGUGGAAUUCCAAGAAAUAAUAAAUUUGACGCCAAAUGUCUGGCAUAUUCUAGCCGAGGGUGGGUUCUUGAAGCUAGUUAAGGACCCCAUUGACUUCAAAUGGAUUGGGAGCACAGAGCUUUCAGUAUUGGCUCCACCUAUUCAUGUUGCUGACAGCUCCGAAAUGAAGUCCAAUGCUGAAACUGAAGGUGCAGGGCUGCAGGCCUUAACGAUGUAACAACGUCUGUUUCAAGUUGGUUUACAUUGCUCAUUAUAUGGAUCUUUCUUGUCAAGUGUAUGCUCCGCUAGCUAAUUAAAGAUCACUAGCUAGCAGCUGGGCGGGGGCAAGUCAAGCAGACGGUGGUGCUCCGGGAAGAGGUGCAGGCGGGCCACAGUAGUGGCGGAGGAUGUCAGCCUCUUCAGCAGUGAAGCCGAUGGAAGUGAGCAUGGAAGGCCAGCAGUCGUACAUGAUAGUACGUAUGGACUUGCAACAGUCUUUCCCCAAAUACGCCUCUCCGUUGAAGAAGAAAAGUAUGAUCUCAUU